AUGCCCCCAAAAGUCGUAUACGGGAAGAAAAGAAACGGCGAACGUAAUGCGUUCACAAAGUUGUUGUCGCCUGAGAAGGAAGUCGCACCCAGAAAAGUGGAAAGCCAAAAUGCAGACAGCAACACAACAAGUGAUUGGCGGGAGCAGUUGUUGGAAGCGGCGGGAGCAGAUGGGAGCACGUUGAAAGCAACGGAUGAAGCUUCGGUACUGGAGAGGGCGUUUGAGGAUUUGCAGAUUGACAAGAGGCAAAGUGCAAAAGAGGAGAGAACUACGACAAAGAAGAGAACAAAAUCGCAGAAAGAAGCCAAGGUCGGCCAGGAUGUUGAUGUUACCAAGGAGAACAUUGCCCCGCUAGAGGAUGUACUGGAACAGAGCAUGAAGACACUAGCGAUCGAUGCUCCAGAAGAUGAAGAAAAUCAGAAGAUACUACAAAAACCCAGGAAGCCGAGAAAGGUGCUUAGCGAUCGCAAUAUGAAUGCCUCGGAUCCCACAACCUGUCCGGUAGCAGCCGUACCAAGACCGAAGAAGGAGAAGAAGCGUGCCAUGCCAACUUCGGUUUCUCAACUACCCACUCCAGAACCGACACCUGAACCCGACGACCUCUAUUCCAUUUACGCCUUCCCAUUACUAGCUUUCAGCGACAGGAAGAAAAUCAUCACAUUUCAGGAUUGGGCAGACGAGCUGGAGCCUCACUUUGAGGUUUCCAAAAUUGCAGAAGCCUCCUUCUCAGAAGUGUAUCGCCUAUCAUCGACAUCAUCAGCCAAUGGCGUCAAAGAAGAGUCUGUUCUGAAGGUUGUGGCGCUCAAGACACCGCCCACUGCUCCUCUCCCAUGCCAACUUCACGGCCGCGCUGUACGAGAUCUUGAAGCACAAAUAGAAAAGGAAACAGCACAGCGAGACGAAGACGAUCAGUUCAAAUCUCUAGUCGACGAUGUUUUAUCGGAAGUCAAGCUCCUCCAAAACCUCACUCACAUUCCCGGAUUCACAGUCUUCCGCGAUCUGACGGUCGUACAAGGCCGACCCUCGGCGUCCUUCAACGACGCAUGGAAAGAGUGGAAUAAAUCGCGCCCUCGCGGCAAGAAGAGCGAAUUUCCGGACCCCAGUAAGAAAUGUAGCUACGACGAAAGUCAACUCUGGGCCGUCGUAGAAAUGCAGGACGCAGGUACCGAUUGUGAGAAGAUGAUGGAAGCAGGCCAUUUAGCCUCCAUCUGGGAGGUAUGGGAUGUCUUUUGGGGCGUAGCCAUUAGUGUCGGCAAAGCCGAAGAAGCAUGUCGCUUUGAGCAUCGCGACCUGCAUUUGGGCAAUAUCUGCGUGCGGUCCAAUCGAACAGGGGACGACGUAUCGCAGCCCAGCAUCAAGGAUCCUCUGCGUCGCAAAUUGCGGUUCACGGGACUCGACACCACCGUGAUUGAUUACACGCUUUCGCGCGCAGACGUUGUCACUGCACCAAUAUCACCCGCAUCAUCACGCAGACUCUCGAGUCUAUCCCACGUCUCCAGCUCCACAGCCGCCAGCCACACGGACAACGAAGAAGCCGAAGUAGCCUACCUCAAUCUCGACAAGGACCCCGCCAUCUUCCAAGGCGACGCCAGCGAAGAAUACCAGUACGAAAUCUACCGCUACAUGCGCGGCGCAACCGUCUUUGGAAACCCAAUGGCGUUCCAGCCCCCCGUUCAAGAAAGCACCGACGAAGACCAAGAAGAGCGUGACUCUGCACCCCGUCAAAACACGCACAUCCGAUUCGACCAAGACACCAACCAAGAAAAUGACACAGACGACAAAGACGCAUCCCCAUGGCGUUCCUUCCAUCCAAAAACAAACCUCCUCUGGCUCCACUUCCUCCUCCACAAACUACUCAACCACCUCUCUUCCGUCUCCCCUGCACCCCAUAAUACCAUCCCCCCGCAUCAAUUCCUCGUCAAAUCCAAUCCUUCAUCGGAAGAUGCCGCGCUUCUCGCAAGCAAAAUCGAAAAAAAGGCUGCCAGCCUGUACAAGGUACUCGCCCGAGUCGCCCAGUUGCUAUGUCCGGUUGCCCUGGGCAAAGAGGAUAGUCUGGAGAGUGUCAAGGAGUUGGUUGUCUUGGCUUUGGAGGAGAGGUGGGUUAGGAUUGCCGAUGUUGCCGGGUGA